AUGUCUGGUGACCCUGAAGUGAGCAAAGGUGCCAGGUGCGAGAGCACAGAGGAAUAUGAUUAUGAUUACCUCAGCAUCAAUAAAACCUGGGUCCUCACCCCCAAGGCACAGGAGACUGAUGCCACACAGAUCCUCAACGCACUGCUGAAGAACUAUGACAACAAGCUGAGGCCUGACAUUGGCAUCAAGCCCACGUUUAUUGAUGUGGAUAUCUAUGUGAACAGCAUCGGGCCGGUGUCUGUCAUCCAGAUGGAAUACACCAUUGAUAUCUUCUUUGCUCAGACGUGGUAUGACCGGCGUCUUCGUUUCAACAGCACCUUGAAGGCCCUCACGCUGAACACCAACAUGGUGAGCCGCAUCUGGAUCCCAGAUACCUUUUUUAGGAACUCCAAGCGGGCCGAUUCCCACUGGAUAACCACUCCUAAUCAGCUCCUCCGCAUCUGGAAUGACGGAAAAGUGCUCUACACGCUCAGACUAACAAUCGAGGCUGAAUGUCUGCUGCAGCUGCAGAAUUUCCCAAUGGACACUCACUCCUGCCCUUUGGUUUUUUCCAGUUAUGGCUACCCACGCGAGGAGAUUGUCUAUCGCUGGAGGCGCUACUCCAUUGAGGUCUCUGACCAGCGCACCUGGAGGCUCUACCAGUUUGACUUCACAGGGCUGAGGAACACCUCGGAAGUUCUCAGGACUGGAGCAGGGGAGUACAUGGUGAUGACAGUUUCUUUUGACCUAAGUAGACGUAUGGGUUAUUUUGCCAUUCAGACUUACAUUCCCUGCAUCCUGACUGUUGUUCUUUCCUGGGUUUCCUUCUGGAUCAAGAGAGACUCUACACCAGCCAGGACAUCUCUGGGUAUCACAACUGUGCUAACAAUGACCACCCUGAGUACCAUCUCCCGCAAGCACCUUCCCCGUGUUUCCUAUAUCACAGCCAUGGACCUCUUUGUCUCUGUGUGCUUCAUCUUCGUCUUUGCAGCUCUCAUGGAGUAUGCUACACUCAACUACCUGGUGGGAAACAAGAAACCACUUGAGCACAACAACAGGAAAGCCAGGCUGCCGCCUGCCGGUGCACAGGUGAUGCCAUCCUUUACCACCAUCAACAUCAACAACAUCAUGCACUGGCCCCCAGAGAUAGAGGAGGAUGAGGAUGACGACCCUGGCUCCCCGUGCCUGGAAGGAAAGGAAUGUGAGAGGUUCUUCUGCUGCAUUGAAGACUGUCAGACAGGAAUGUGGCGGGAGGGGAGGGUCCGCAUUCACAUCUCCCGUCUGGACUCCUACUCUCGCGUCUUCUUCCCCACCGCCUUCCUGCUCUUCAACAUUGUCUACUGGAUUGCCUAUCUCUAUCUCUAGCCAUUCUUUGUCCUCAGCUGGAAUGGAGUGGGGACCAGCAAGAUGGGCUUCUCAAGAAGCAUAGAGAACAGCAUCUCUUCUGUUGUAGUCGAUUGUCGGUCUGAGCAAUC